AGCCGAAACGACGCUUGUCGGGAGUGCUUUCGACAAGAUGGCGGACGAGGAUAUUACGCUUGAUGGACAGCCUUUACAAUCCCUCCGUGUCGCCGAUUUGAAAGCCGCGCUGGAGCAGAGAAACCUGUCCAAGAGCGGGGCGAAGAACAAACUCAUCCAGCGACUGAAGGGGGCACUGAUGCUGGAGAACCUGCAAAAGUCGUCCACCUCUCACAGCGGACUGCAGCCCAACUCUCAGAUCGGGGAGGAGAUGAGUCAGAAUAGCUUCAUCCAACAGUAUCUGGCCAAGCAGCAGGAACUCCUCCGUCAUAGACUGGAGCGAGAAGCCCAGCUUGAGGACGAGACCGACGAAAGCCCAGCAAUGCCGGAAGAGGACGAAGACCAGUCUGACGACGACAGCUCGCCCUGCGUCUCUGACAAGCAGAGUCACCCUGUGGCAGAGAGGGCGGGAUCUCUGAGGGGUGAAGGGGCGAUGUCACGUAGGCAAGACGGUGCCGCCGGUCACCGGGAGGUCCCGGAAGCUCCCGGAGCCAGGAUGCAGAGGGCCACUUUUCCUCAAGGACACAAGGAGCCACCGGCCCCCUCUCCUCCCCGCGCCGUGGCCUCCCUGUCGGUGCGCGUCCUGGGCCAGCCGGACCGCCAGGGCCUGCCCCCGGCCUUGUCCAGAGCCCAAGAGAAAGAAGGCGUCGCGCCCAGCGAAACCGGAUCGGCCCAUCCCGUGCUCCACCUCAGCCGAUCGGCCGGCGUCUCAGCCGGAGGUCAGGUCCAGGAGGACAGUGACGACGACGACGACGAUGACCGUAGCGGGGAUGACGAAGAUUGGGGGCCCGGGCCCGGCGGAGCCCGAAAAGGAAAUCGCGCCCCCCCUUUGCCUCCGCAGAUGCCCGCCAGUGCGGCGAGGUCCAAACGUAAGCUUCAGCCUCCGCAGCACAUCCCGCCGCCGCAGCCGCACCACAACCUGAUGCAGCUGCGCCACCCGACGCCCCCACCCUCGCCACCUCCUGACCUGUUUCCCCUCCCGGACACCCCCAAGCAGAGCCCACCGGACACCGACGACAAGGAGGGGGAAAGCUCCGGAGCGCCGCGCGCCGUCUCGCAGAGGCAAGACUCUGACUCGAGAUCCCGCUCCAGCAGUCCCGAGCCCCCCGCAAAGCGCAGACCGGGCCCGCUUUCUCUGCUGGUGCACAAGAUGGAGUCGGAGGAGGCGCAGACCAGCGCGGGUACCAGCGAUUCUCCGGAGGGGAGCAAGAAGAAAGAAAACGAGACGGGCGACCGCAAGGAGAAAGAGACAAAAACGCGAGAUGAUGAAAAGCUUGACAAGAAAAAGCAGGCAACCGACGAUAACCGCAGAGCCGAAGCCCGGGACUCGGGAUCCUCGUCGGAUUCGGACUCGCGGUCCGACUCCUCGUCCAAAUCAUCUUCAUCAUCCACGUCCGUCAGGGUUGAGUCACGCCAUGUGAGGCAGACGAAGACAGCCGAGCUAGGACAAGACGCAGAUAAUGAGACAAAGGGGACGGGGCCCGAGAAAGGACACCACCUGAAAAGCGCGGUGUCGGAGCCCACCGAGGCGGCCGUGUCCGAGGUGGAGCCCCGCUCCGAGAGCGCCGAGGCCCGGCAGCCGGCGCCGAACGCCGAGCCCGUCGACGGCGAGGGCCGCCUGGAGGAGAGCACCACUCCAAAGGCUUUUGCCGUUCGCAAGAUCUCCCUAACCAGCAACAAGGCGCCGCCCGUCGCCACCGACGCCGACGGAGGAGCCGGAGACGCCGACGCUGGAGGAGCGGCGGUGAGGAAGAGGCGUUGGGGCUCCAGCACGGCGGUCAAUGCCAAGAAGCCGUCCAUCAGCAUCACUACCGACUCACUCAAGUCUUUAAUCCCAGAUAUCAAAGUAGCCCAGGAGGCCGUGGUGGACCUGCACCCAGAGGAGCUGCAGCUGUCCGGAGACGAGGACCCCAGGGACAACGGUCAGGGCGACGAGGAUGAAGGCCUCAAGAUCCGACGCACAGUUACGCAGGUGGUCCCCGGGGACAGCCAGGAGAACGGGCGGGGCGACGAAGACGAGGAUGCAGAGACGGCGGAGCAAGAAACCCCGCGACCGACCCCCGUAGACCAAUCCAGGCAAGCUCCUCCUGAGAAGACGCCUGAGAAGAUCGACGGAGAACUGAAGAAAGCUUCCCCCGCCGACAGUUUGGUGCGUCGCUCCAUCAGUCAGCAGCGGUCCGGCGUGUCCAUCACAAUCGACGACCCCGUCCGAUCCACGCAGCGGUCCGGCGUGUCCAUCACAAUCGACGACCCCAUCCGAUCCGCGCGGCGGCCCUCGCCGCCCCGCGGCAAACUCUCAAGUAUCAUCCACGUGACCAACCUGGUGCGACCGUUCACCCUGGGCCAGCUCAAAGAGCUUCUGAAGCAGACUGGCAGCGUGCUGGAGGAGGGCUUCUGGAUUGACAAGAUCAAGUCGCACUGCUACGUCACUUACGCUACAACAGAGGAGGCGGCGGCGACCAGAGAGGUUCUUCACGGGGUCAAGUGGCCUCAGAGCAAUCCAAAAGUGCUCGGUGUGGACUUCUGUGAACAGGAUGAGCUCGACUUUCACAAAGGUUUGCUGAAGCCAAACCGCGAAGAGCCGCAAGUGCCUCAACCUGCCCCGCCGCCGGCCCGGCCGCCCCCGCUCAUGCCCGAGCGGGACCGCGAAAGGGAGCGGGACCGCGAAAGGGAGCGGGACCGCGGCGCGGCGGGCGUGCGGGACCUGUGGGCCGAGCGGCAGCGACAAAUGGAGCGCCGCGAGCGAGCCCGCGGGGAGCGCGAAUGGGACCGCGACAAGAUCCGAGAGUUCUCCAGGCCGGGGGCGGACAAGGGGGAGCGGCGCUCCAGGUCCCGUGACCGAGAGCGACGGAAGCGGGAAAGGCCAAAGAGCAAGGAGAGGAAGGCUGACAAGAAGGAGAAGGCAGAUGAGCCUCCUGCAAAGCUUCUCGACGACUUGUUCCUCAAGACCAAAGCGGCUCCUUGUAUAUACUGGCUCCCACUCACUGAAGAACAGGCGGCGCAGAGGGUGCUGGAGCGCAACGAGCGGCAAAAGGAGCGAGAGCGGCGACUCAAGGAGUGCAAGGACGAGCAGGAAAAAAUGCGGGAGGAGCGGAAGAAGGAGCGGCUGAAGGCCCGCGAGAAAGAAGACCGAGGCGGCGGCGGCGUGCCGGCGCCCGGCAGGGGUGCCGACGCAGACCGGGAUAAGGAGCGAGGCCGGAACAAAGAGAGCGAGCGGAGGCGGGAGGGCGAGCGCCGACCCGGGCGGAGCUCUCGUAGCGCUAGCGAGACCCGAGACAGGCGCCGCUGAAGUGCUUCCUCGUGAUGUGGCAUCCGUUCGGAGGGGGCAGCGUUGUCCUCCUGAGGUUUGAGAGGCCUUUUUUUUUUUUUUUCCUUCAACUUCUGUGGUUCCGCAGUUUAUUCCUCCCAAAGCCCUAUAAUAAAGUUCAAAAUAGAUUCCCCUGUCCUUCAACACUUUUCUUUAAGCAGUUUUAGUGUUUCUACUUGCUUCAGCUCUGAACUUUACAAACCAUUGAAGAUUCUUUGUUUAGUUUUUUUUUUCUUCUUUUUUUUUACGUUUGAUCUUGUUGAAACAGAUUUAAAAAAAAAAAAAAAAAAAAAAAAAAUACACUCGUAAUGCUUGUUUUUUUCUUAAGAGGAUGAGAGAGAGCUUUCCCCCCUGUAAAAUCCUAUAUACAUUACUUUCAAAAAGUGAGGGAUGUUGGGCUUUGGUUGUGAAAUUUCAGGAUGAACCUCAAAUACUCUUGAUCCUUUACAAGUGAUGUUCAUUUGACUUUCUAAACUUUUGAAUGUUCAGGGUACUUCAGGCACAACUUGUUGGUCUCUAACAAGGAGCUGUAGUUUGACAUUCAAUAGUUUGUAGAAAGCAACAUUAAGUUGACUUGUAAAGGAUCUCAUGCAUUUUAGGUUGAUUCCGUAUUUUCCCCUCAAAGCCAAAUAUCCUUACCUCUUUGUAGUGCAUCUAAUAGGAGAUCCAAAUUGUUUGUCGUCUUCUAGAUAAGAGUCCCAUUUUUACUAUUUUAAUUUUGUUUUUAGUUGGAAAUUAGAUUUUUGUUGUUGCUGAAUGUAUCACAAGUUAUGACAAAUAAGUUAAUAAAUUUAAAAGUGCUGUUCAACUUGAGAAAACUUUGGCCUUUUGCUCUGUCUGUUGGGAGGGAAAUGUAUUCAGAGACGGGCGGGCUGGAAAUCUUCAAAAUCUCUUUUAUAUGAUCUCUGAAAUGUACAACCACAAAGCUGUCUUAUUUAAUCUAUAGUCAGAACACAAACAUGUUAUUACAGCAUACAGAAAUGACAGUAAUUGUCCUCAAAUUUGACUGGUUUACAAAAUCUCUUAACAGUAACGUUGAGAUUUAAGUGCAAAACAUUUGCUAACAACACAAUAUGAACAGUUUAGCAGAAUCCCUUGUUCUUCUACAGCAAACGAGCAGUAGUCUCUUUCCUGUUCCCUUUUUUGUGACCUUACAGUAAAAGUAGAACAACAGCAGGUACAAUGGAGUCUAGGGGAGGGUGGAUGCAGGUCAAAAGGAGCUGUGGGAAUGUCUUAAUAUCAGCAGUUACAUGUCGAGCGUUAAAGAACCGACGCACGAGAGGGAGGGGCUCCUCAGUUGUGCGUGGCGGCGCUGCACGCUCUGCUCAUGUGACACGGGUGGCAGAGCAGAUGAGAGUCCAGCGGGAAGCACUGCGAGCCGGGCUUAUCGGAGAGCUGCUUGCCGCACUCCUGCGAGGAGGAGAUAAGGAAUGCGCGCGGGAAGUGACGUCAGCUUGCGCAAACAAAAGGGGAACGAGGGGGGUUGCGGGCUGUGUGUGUGUUGUCACUCACCUCACAGUGGUAACACUCAAAAUGGUAGUCCUUAUUCAUGGACACAACCCUGAGGAUCUCCUCGCUGCCCUGCAAAACACAAUUGCAAAAUAAACCCAUCGCUGGAGGAAUGGCGUGUGUGAAAGAAUUACAAACUGCACAAAGUGGAAUGAUGGAUGGAGGUACAGUUGUAAAAUGUCUCAAUUUAGGAAUUUUCCCAAAGAAAUUUGGUGGAAUUCUUCAAAAAGUAGGAAUUUCCAAGAAUGAUUUGAACAUUUUGGAGUUGGAAUCGGUUAGUUAGUUUUUUUUUUUUCCUCCAGUAAUUUAACUUUUCAAGGAAAAUGCGGACACUUUUGCGAUGUGGAACAUUUCGAAGUUACCGUAUUUUUCAAACUAUUAAGUCGGUCUUUUUCCUAGUUUGGCCGGGGGUGCGUCUUAUAUGUGGAAAAAAAAAAGCUGAAUUAUAAAAUGAACGUAUGUUUGUAAAAUUGUCUCACUGAAAAUGUAGAAGAUGGGAGAUGUUGAACACUUUUCACACUGCACUUGGCAAAGCCUCUGACGCCCUCGACUUUCCCAGAAACGUGGAAGUCGAAGCACGUUAAAAAAAAAAAAAAAAAACACAGUGGCCAUCGAGGAACCUACCUCAGUGGGUAAGAUGGGCUGCAAGCAGGCAGCACACUUUGGGGCAAAAGUCCUGCAGAGUGGGAAAAGACAGCAACGUUUAGAUGACCUAGGAGCGCUAACGUGACGGCGGGAGUGGUACACGAGAUGCGGAUGGAUACUUGUUGUAGUCGGCCACACAGUAGAUGUUGCUGUGCUGGUCCACGGUGAAGGGCACCCCGUCCAGGGCCUUGGCGCACACCACGCAGCGGAAGCAGCCGGGAUGGUACGAGUUCCCUAGGGCCUGCAAGAUCUGAGGCCACGACGACGACGGUAAGACACUUUUCUUGGUUCUGUAUGUUUGUUCGAAUUUGGGAGUUCAAGUAUCGGGUUCCCCUGGGGCCUUCCGGGAUGGGUUCCCACCGAGCUAGAAGUGCCUGCUUGAAGAAUUCCGGAUUUGUUCAUUGAGUGGCCCGUGACAUACCCCGCAGGGAAUCUUCUGGACUUUCUCAUGUAUUCAGAGCUGUGGCCUGAGUCGUCCACUCUGGAAAGUUCACCACUAAGAAGCCUUUUAUUUAUGGAAAAUGUCAUGUGAAAGCAAAAGAGGGAGUUCCACGAGGAUGUCACCACAUUUCUACAUCUGUACUGUACUGUAGUUUGAAGGAGAUAUUUUGGAUAAUUCGGUGGGACGAGUUAUACGAUAGACAUUUCCAUUAUUUGGGGAAUUUUCACACUGAAAAUGUGGAAUUCUUCAAGUGGGACUUUGGAAUGUGGAACAUUUUACAGUACAGUUGGAAGCCGUUUAGAAAUGGGGACUUGAGUUUUUCCCAUGGAAUUCUUAAUAAAAGUAGAAAUGUUAUAUGAAGUUAUUGAAACUGAAUUUGUUUCAUUUUCCAUUUAAUUUGUGAAUGUUCUCAAACAAAAUGUGGGAUUAUCAUUGUGUGAAUGGUUUGCGAAAUGGUCAAUUUUUCCAUUUGGGAAUUUACUCGGGAUAAAAAAAAAAUUAUGAAUAUGAAUGAACAUUUGGAAGUUUUUCAUUCAAUUUGGUAUCUUUCACAAUGAAAUGUUGAACAUUUAGAAAUUUGUUAAUCUGGAAAGGGUAAAAUUGUUUAUAAAAAAAAAAAAAAAAAAAAAACGGGCAUUUGUAAUGUGAGCAAUAGUAACACGGAGGUCUUGAAUGAGAUGAACAUUUUGACACUGCAAAGGUUUCAGUUGUUUGAAACAUGGAAAGGUAAAUGAAAUUUGUUAGAAAAAUAAUUAGAAUUUUUCCUCAUGGAAAAUUUGGAAUUCCGGGAUUGUGGGAAAAAAAGUCUUAGCAAAAAAAUGCUCCAACCUUGAAUGAGUGGAGCAUUUUGAUGUUGGAAUUGGUUGAGACAUAGCAAGGAUAAGUUCAAUUUGUAAAAAGAAAAAUAACUUUGUUUCCGUCCUCUUUGGGGUUGGAGAACGCGCACACGCACCUGUUCCAGAAUGAGGUGGCCACACACGCUGCACUUCUCGGCGGCGGCCUGAAACCCGGAAAACUGCAAUCGGAGUAGAAGAAAAACAAUGAGGAGUUGGCAACAAAAAAAAAAAACAAAUUGAAAACAAGAGUCUAACCAUGUAAUCUUCUUUGCAAUACACAGAGCCGUUGACAUUGUAGAAGUCCUUGUUUCUCAAGGCGCGUCCUGCGGGAACAAAACAACAGUUUAAAAUCCAUUUUGUCGCGUGUUUAAUUUUAACACUUGUUUUUUUUUUUACUCACCACAGGAGACGCAUGUGAAGCAGCGCGUGUGAUAAAGGCUGUCCAGAGCCUGGCAAGCAUUGUCUGCGCCGUACACGCCUUUACCGCACUUGAUGCAGGUCCC